AUGAAGGAGAGAGUGCUGCAACGGAGUGUGGAGCUUUCCUGGCAGGAACCAGAGCAUCCCAAUGGAGUCAUCACCGAAUAUGAAAUCAAGUAUUACGAGAAAGAUCAAAGGGAACGGACCUACUCGACAGUAAAAACCAAGUCCACUUCAGCCUCUAUUAAUAAUCUGAAACCAGGAACAGUGUAUGUUUUCCAGAUUCGGGCUUUUACUGCUGCUGGCUAUGGAAAUUACAGUCCCAGACUUGAUGUUGCUACACUAGAGGAAGCUACAGGUAAAAUGUUUGAAGCUACAGCUGUCUCCAGUGAACAGAAUCCCGUUAUUAUAAUAGCUGUGGUUGCUGUGGCAGGGACCAUCAUUUUGGUGUUCAUGGUUUUUGGCUUCAUUAUUGGAAGAAGGCACUGUGGUUAUAGCAAAGCUGACCAAGAAGGGGAUGAAGAACUUUACUUUCAUUUUAAAUUUCCAGGCACCAAAACCUACAUUGACCCUGAAACCUAUGAGGACCCAAAUAGAGCUGUCCAUCAAUUCGCCAAGGAGCUAGAUGCCUCCUGUAUUAAAAUUGAGCGUGUGAUUGGUGCAGGAGAAUUUGGAGAAGUCUGCAGUGGUCGUCUGAAGCUUCCAGGGAAAAGAGAUGUCGCAGUAGCCAUAAAAACCCUCAAAGUUGGUUACACAGAAAAACAGAGGAGAGACUUCUUAUGUGAAGCAAGCAUCAUGGGACAAUUUGACCACCCAAACGUUGUGCAUUUGGAAGGGGUUGUUACAAGAGGAAAACCAGUCAUGAUUGUAAUAGAAUUCAUGGAAAAUGGAGCCCUAGAUGCAUUUCUCAGGAAACAUGAUGGGCAAUUUACAGUCAUUCAGUUAGUAGGAAUGCUGAGAGGAAUUGCUGCUGGAAUGAGAUAUUUGGCCGAUAUGGGAUACGUUCACAGGGACCUUGCAGCUCGCAAUAUUCUUGUCAACAGCAAUCUAGUUUGUAAAGUGUCAGAUUUUGGCCUAUCCCGGGUUAUAGAGGAUGAUCCAGAAGCUGUCUACACAACUACUGUAAGAAAAAGUCUAUUAGGUGGAAAAAUUCCAGUAAGGUGGACUGCACCAGAAGCCAUCCAAUACCGGAAAUUCACGUCAGCCAGUGAUGUAUGGAGCUAUGGAAUAGUCAUGUGGGAAGUUAUGUCUUACGGAGAGAGACCUUACUGGGACAUGUCAAAUCAAGAUGUUAUAAAAGCAAUAGAAGAAGGUUAUCGUUUACCAGCACCCAUGGACUGCCCAGCUGGCCUUCACCAGCUGAUGCUGGAUUGUUGGCAAAAGGAGCGCGCUGAAAGGCCAAAGUUUGAACAGAUAGUUGGAAUUCUAGACAAAAUGAUUCGAAAUCCAAAUAGUCUGAAAACACCCCUGGGAACUUGUAGUAGGCCAAUAAGCCCUCUUCUGGAUCAAAACACUCCUGACUUCACUACCUUUUGUUCAGUUGGAGAAUGGCUGCAAGCUAUUAAGAUGGAAAGAUAUAAAGAUAACUUCACAGCAGCUGGCUACAACUCCCUUGAAUCAGUUGCUAGGAUGACUAUUGAGGAUGUGAUGAGUUUAGGGAUCACACUGGUUGGCCAUCAAAAGAAAAUCAUGGGCAGCAUUCAGACUAUGAGAGCACAAAUGCUACAUUUACAUGGAACUGGCAUCCAAGUGUGAUAAGCAUUUCUCCCUUAUGAGGGAGAUUAUGGACUGCGAGAGAACAGUACUGGCCUUCAGUAUAUGCAUAGAAUGCUGCUAGAAGACAGUUGAUGUCCUGGGUCCUUCCUAGAGUGAAAAGAAGAUUUAAGAAGCACCUAUAGACUUGAACUCCUAAGUGCCACCAGAAUCUAUAAAAAAAGGGAAUUUAGGAUCCACCACUGGUGGCCAGGAAAACAGCAGUGACAAUAAACAAAGUACUACCUGAAAAACAUCCAAACACC